AUGCAUUCUCAAGUACAUCCUUCGGAAACCCACAUUCAUGUACCAGAUAUUUCCCACAUUGGAGAAACAUAUACUUUGCAGCCAUUUUCUUUAGAUCAUAGUACCGUCAUUGACAACUUACCAGACGCCUCCCAAAGCACUUAUCGCGAAAGGAACGAACAGCUAACGGCGUACGAAGAUAUUUACAGCCCCAUAUUGAGAGCUUUGAGGCUUUUUGGACUAUACUUUGGAGAAAUCUCACUAACUCGACUGCCAUCGACGUUGUCCUUUCAAAAGAGGCGGGCAUCCAUUUGGCUUCUCUUUUGUUGUGCAGUGCUGGGAACAGUUUGGUUAACCGUUGGCUUGCUGCUUAUUUCGUUAGGUUUAGAAGGUUUUACUGACAUCACAAUCUUCUUCAGGUUGUUGGGAAGCUUAGUAGGGUACCUUUUGGCAGCGCUCAAUGGAACAAUUUGCUUGUUUGUACUACCAAUAAGUCAAAUUAGACAGUCGCGUUUUGAAACGUUUAUUCGAAAAUUAAUUGAAUGCAAUGCUGAAUUGAAAACAUUGAGAUCUACCUCUCGCAAAACUGUAGCUGCUGCAGGCUUUAUUUGGAUCACUGCAACUAUCUUAGUCAUCACAUCAACCCACUUUUUGCCUCAGCUCUAUUUAGGGAGUAACAAACCUUGGAAUGAUUGGAAUGGUUACAGCAUUACCAUACUUUAUUCAUUUACGUUGGUUUUAGUCUAUGCAGUAUUGUUGUUUCCCAUCCCUUUAUAUUGCAUGACGUGCUUGAUACUUGAACGACUUUUUGAUGAUUUUUAUCAAAGAACAACAAGAAAAAUCGGCGCUUUGGACAUUUGGGCUUUGAAAGAGGAACAUCAUCGAUUAUGUGAUGUGGUUGAACACGCCAGCAAAGUGUUUUCACCUCUUCUCUUUGUGACACUGUCCCUUCAAAUCCCUUUCAUUUGUUUUACUUUUUUCGUUGCUGUCCAACUGAACCCCUCGCAAGAAAGUAGUGGCUCUGAAUAUCUUACCCUUGGCUGUGUAAUAUUAAUCAUGCAAUCCGCUGGGAACAUCGCUAUUUUCUUGUUUUUUGGAGCAAGAGUUAACGGAAAGGUAUGUAAAGUUAUAGGUUACGUCCUGCUUCCUGUAAUUUUUCUUUGUUAAAUCCAGUUUCUGCUCUAAAGUUUAAUUUGUAUAAAUGCUGUAAUAGAUUAGAAGAUUCAAGUUUUCCUUUAGAGAAAUCAAGCUAGUAUUACAUUUAGUGAUUUACAGUGUAUUUUGUUUACAUUUAGUGAUUUAGUUUUUUAAGAAAGUCAAAUGAGCCUCCACUGUUAACAAUGGCCAAAGGUAUACGACCAAAUCAAAUCAUCGAUGCCAUUAAACCAAAAUAAUUAUAAUAAAGACAAAUGAGCCUCCAAGUUUCCAAAGCAAUGGCCUAUGGUAAACUAAACCCUUGCUCAUAAGGAAGGGGCGACAAUCCCAUGAGUAAUUUGCUACAUUUUCAGAUUCACAGUGUUCAAAGCAUUUUGGAAGGAUCCGUUGUCUCUGACGAAGACCAAGUGAAGGUAUCUUUUUCUUUUUUUGUCUUGUUUGUCUGUUUGUUUUUUUUUUCUGUAGCUUCCUGGUGCCUUUCUUAGAGCCAUCUGCCAGUGCAUAUACCGUUGCCUGGUAAUCCCGCGCGCACGCGCACUUCACAGAAAUUAAUUAAUUAAGAGGUUUUUCCGGUAAUAACUAACUGAAGAGUGUUUUUUUUCUCAAAAGCGCACUUGCAAUUGUAAUCUUAGCCUUUAAGUUAAAAAACAAAACAAAACAAAGACAAAAAGAAACAAAAAAAGCUGAACUAGUUACAUGACAAGUUGUACUUUAGGAGGGCGCUUACAAGUAUUCCCUUAUGAGUUCAUUUGGAAAACUUGGGACGAGAUCGAUGAAGAGAGGAUGCAUGCAGGCUAAGCGCCAUCUGGACUGAGUUUUAACAAAAAUAUAGACAGCAUAUUAAAAAAAAAAAAAAUGAUAUAACUUAGCUUAUAAAUAAACCACUUGUUCCCUCUUGAUUAGAAUUACUAAAGACUAUUCUGAUUUCUUCUUAGCUAUUGCCGUUCAUCUUUUACCUUAACUGCGAACCUAGGGGUUUUUCAGUUGGAGGACUUGUUGUGGUAACCAAAUCCCUUUGUUUCACGGUUCGUAUGAAAAGGCUACUUCUUGCCAUAUCUUACUUUACAAAAUAACUGAGAUAGUACGUGCGAUCUGAUUGGUCAAAAACCUAUGGUUUAUUAUACUCGUUAACCCAUAGACAAAGGCAUCCAGACCACGAGCCAUAAAAAAUAGAGAAAAAGAAAAAAAGAAAUAGAAAAAAAAAAAACGGCUAUUGAUCUGCAAACAACGAUUUUAGAAAGGCUUAAAAACAGAACAAUUUACUUACCUAGCCCUUCUUAAUAUUAAAAAGCGUUGUUUCCACUACAUUUUUAUUACUAAGCGUCGUAAUUCGCUACUGCCAUAGUUAUAAAGUUAUAAAAGUUAUAAAGUACAAAGCUGGAAAGCAGUUUACAUUCCUUUUGCUAAAUCGCAGAGAAAGACAGUUCAACUGUUUGAAUUUCUGGUGUAGAAAGUGUCUAGGAAAGCUUAACCAUGUGCCAACCAGCAACAAAACGGAUAGUUUUAGCAUUCUUGAACUAUUUUGUCAAAAUUAAAUUUCUGAAUGAAAGAAACUGUUCCAAGAAAGAUCUGAUCACGUUCUGGUCCAAAAUCGGCCGCUGUAGGUUGUAAACAAGCUGUAAAUGAUGAUGAAAGAUGUCAGAGUUUCGCACUGAUUUUUUUUUCCAACAUUUGCACUAAUCAUUCGUUAAUAUCGAUGCCAUAACCUUCUUCAAAGCACCUGACUUCACAAAUCGACACAUAUUAACGCCAAUAUGUGGCUACGGCAAAGAAACCUUUCUCCAAAUUUACAGCUGCCACUAACAUAUUUCCAUCGGUCGCUGUACGUACAUGUUACAUGCGACAACCUUGCAAAUGCAGCCACGUCGUUACUGCAGCGUUUCUUGUUCAUGAAAAAGUCCAGAAAACAGAUGUUAAACCACUGCAGCUUGUAAGAAGUGAAUGAAGUCCUCCUUUACAAUAGCUGCCAGUUCCGUCUGUAAGCGCGAAAUUACGGAUCGACUCAAACAGCUGCGUAUAGUUUGAUGUUCAAUUUUCUACCUCUGUAAGUAAACAAACCAUGAACGUAUUCUUUCACUGUACAUUCGCAUGAGUAUGUGUUGACUUUCCCUGUAAAACAGCAAUUUUGCUCUCGCCAAGAGAGGAUAAAGGGGACAGAGAAGGCAUCCCCCAUACACACCCUAUUCGAUAGCUAAUUCGUCUCGAGUUAUUUUUAAGACCACAGAUCCCAAGGGGGAUUAGACAACAGCCAAUCACAUAGCGCGAAUGUGUUCCGCGUUGAUGACCCACGCUCAGAGCCACGCGUCCUUCACGAAUUGACGCUGAAAAAAAUGGCGGAAGACGGGGAGAGCGAUAUUGCUAUUCGUUUUGUCGACAACAUCGACAAAAGAGAAAUUUCUACUAAACCGGUGUCAGCGAAAAGGGAAUCAAAAAAGAAUCACCCUUCCUCUCUUGUAUAGAGCUAACAGUACAGCAGGGAAAUCCUUAAUACACUGAAUAUUCUCUCAGGAUCAUUUAUAAUUUACAGGUUGAAGAAAGCAAUUUCUGGUUUCAUAUUUAUUCUUUUAUUAGUCUUUGGUUAUUCAACAAAAAUAACGCUUGGCGUCCUACUUGCUUUAGUGUACAAACGGCCGGUUUCAAUAGACUGGCGAAAUUUCUCAUUUUUAUUAAAGCACUGAGGUUAAGACAACUUCGAGUUAAACUGAUUUCACGGGUUGUCAAAGAUUCCAGCGAUUCCCUUUUCCCAGGUGAGCGCCGACUCAUUUCGCUUCAAUAUUCAGAAAUGGUCUCGAUCUCUUUACGCUUUCAUGGUCUUUCACCUGACAUGUUUUGCACGACAUUUAGUAAUGCGAAACCUCCACGAAACAUCCACGCAGCGCGCGAGGUAACUUUAUCCCGAUUCUAAAAAUAACUCGAGACGAAUUACCUAUGGAAUAGGGUGUGUAUGGGGGAUGCCUUCUCUGUCCCCUUUAUCCCCUCUUGCUCUCGCCUAAUUCAUUUGACUAAUAAAAGCCUGUUCCCGAGGCCAAACCUUUAGUGAUCACCUUAGAAAAGCGAACAAUAUCGUACCUUUCCUUUUUAGCCCGGAUUAGGGUGGUUGAUCCGUUUAGCUAAUGAAACGAGAAUACAAUAAGAUAUUGGACGAAGCAGACUCAGCGAAUCGUAUUAACUUUGACACAUCUCAGAGCUUUACAUGACGCUCUCCGGGGAACUUUUCGCAAGGUGACCAAAAACGAAAUGUAAUCUGCUAAACGACACCGAAACCAGCUUUAGGCGCGCACUGCUUUCAAGUAAGUGUCACUUGUGUUAGACAGACAAUUGUGGGUAGGGACGCAAAAAAACAAACAAACAAAGCAAAGAGGGAGGGGGGUUAGAAAGAAAUGCGCGAGAUUCUGUCUACAGCCACUUUUACACAAAUUCCCAACCACAAAAAGACACGGGAAAAAAAAAAAAACAAAAACGACAUAACCAAAAAAUACAGUAAGCUAAAACAGGGGAAGUUGAGAGAAAUUACAAAAUGUUUGCAGGUAGAUAUAUAUUUAACAAGGGCCAUAUAGAUGUAGGUAGUUAUCUGUAAUAACACCAAAGACAAUUUCUAAUGCGGGGAGUCCGAAAACAUAGAUUUUAACUUCCCAGGAAUUGUGAAAACACUGGUAUAAUUUCAUGCGUAAGAUUUCAUUUUGGGAAAUUUGAAGCUUUUGAAACUUGUUUCCUCGGGCUUUCGUAAGAAAUUUUCUUGUGUUAAUACAUAUAACUAAUUACAUCUAUAGCCCUUGAAAAGGAUAAAAAAACAAACAAACAAACAAAGAAAGCAACUAUGCUUUAAGUUAUUCUGGUACAAGCUUCUUGUCCACUAAAAAGUAAAAUUACUCAGUUUUCUAAUGGAUUCCGUCGUAACUCUUGUUAAAAAGUGUUCAAAAGCAAGAAUAGAAAUGUUAAAAAAGACAAUUUUAAAAUACAUAUGUAUAGAAGUAAUUUAUUUAUAAUAAUUUACUAUCAUUGUCAUUAUCACUGUAAUACUUAUAACUACUAAAAUAAUACUUCUUGGUAGAGCUAAUUCUGCGGUUAAGGUGCUUUAUUAUUAACUAAUUAAUAUUGUUGUUGUCAGCGCGCGGUGGUUAUUAUUUAUUUUGUCAUUUGUUUUCAGAUUACUGGAGUCAUCGUCUCGUAUUGUGCCGUUAUGCUAUCAAUGCCAACAUGA